AUGGCGAUUCGCUAUCACGGUUCUCCGCCGCACCACGGAAUGGGCGGCAGCGGCAGAAACGGCGCUGGAGGUCGCUCCGGUGGAAGAGCGCAGGUCGGAGCGCGGCAUGCGACGGUGACGCGCGGCGGCGCACAGCUGUAUACCGCGAGGGGCGGCUCGGCCCACCACCUGAAGCGCGACGCGCUGCGGCAGCGGCACGUGGGGUUCCACAAGACGGCGGAGAAGGGUAUGGCGCUGCGGCACACACAGAGUGCUGGGAAUGGCGAUGAGCUGUCAGCCUGGCUGGCCGAGGGCAGCGUCGGUGAUGGGAAUGCGGAUGUUGGUGACUUGUCCUCGACUUUCCCCGUGACCGAAUUCGGCGCCGGCGGCGAUGGUUCAAGUGACGAUUCAAAUGCCUUCGCUGCGGCGUUCGAGGCGGCUUGCAAGGAAGCCUCGUCGUCCGACAGAAAAGCCGCGGUGGUGGUUCCGUCGGGACAGACGUUUCUUGUGAAGCCGGUGGUGUUCGAAGGGCCGUGCGGGCCGGGCGUGCGAUUCACAAUCGACGGAACCAUUGUGGCGCCGGGUGAUCCGGGGGAGUUUGACAACCCCGGGUCGGGCACGUAUGGCGUGCUGAAUUUCCGCGACAUCCCGGGUUUGGAGAUUGCUGGCAACGGACUGGUGGAUGGGAAUGCGGAGGUGUGGUGGGAGAAGGGCGGCGAUGAGCGGCCGCAGAACAUGGUGAUCGUGGAAUGCCACGGCGUGCUGGUUACUGGCAUCACGUCCAAGGACCCCGCAUUCAAGCAUCUGUUUUUUUACAAGAACAACGGCGCGACUGUACGCGGCGUGACUACAUUGAGUCCCGAGGAGAGCCCGAACACGGACAGCCUGCAUUUGUCGUACGUGCAAGACGCGCUCAUCGAGAACUGCGAGUUUUCGGGUGGCGACGACAACGUGGCAAUCAUCAACGGAACGUCGCGCGUGCUGAUUCAAAACAUUGUCGGCAACUCCGGGCAUGGGAUCAGGAAUAUUCGUUUCGAGGAUAUGAUUCUCGAAAACGUCGGUAACCCUAUUCGCAUCGACCAGUUUUACUGCAACAGCGAGUCGUCUCGGUCAUGCGGGACCUCCCAUGACGCUGUAGCGAUUUCGGACGUCACCUUUAAAAACAUUAAAGGGACGACCUCUAAAGGGGAAGGGAUAAAGCUAGACUGCUCCGACACAGUCCCCUGCAACAACAUCGUUUUGUCAGACAUCAACAUUCAGCCAGUCGAAGGCGGAGAGCCGUUGGAGCCGUUUCUCAAUAGCGCGUAUGUGACUAAAGAGGGGCCAGUUGUGCCAGAAUUGAGGGACGUGAAGAGCAGCCUGAGCCCCGAGCUGCUGUCAGCGAUAGAGGAGAUGCAAGGGUACUGCUAA